AAUUGUCAUUGUUUGAUAGAAUAAUUCAUAAACAGCUUGAGUAAAUCUAUAAAACACACUAGCAAUCUUCAAGACAUCCUUCGUUAAGAUCUGCUUGUAAACCAACACAGAAAAAAAUCUCCAUUCAUCACGGCUUACGCUACUUUCUAAAACCGUAAAAUAGAAAUUUCAAAAUUGAAAUCGACGAAACAAAAUGACUGUAGUACAAGACCUCGAACUUUCACCUUCCGAGAGGGAAGCCGUAGAAGAGUUGGCAAGAAGGGUUUCAAAAGACUUACCGAGGAAAAUAUUCGAUGAAACGCAUAUGUACUAUAGGUUCUUAAAAGCUCGAGAUUUUGACGUCGAUGCAGCAGAGAAAAUGCUAAGACAGACUCUACAAUGGCGAAAAGACAACAAUGUGGAUAAAAUAUUAACAGACUACAAGCCUUCAGAGGUUCUUCAAAAUUUCUUCAAAAAUGUAUUCUUUGGAUUCGACAAAGAAGGAUCUCCAGUAUAUUUUAUGCCAGUUGGGAAGCAUGAUACAAGAGGUCUCCAUAUGUCUGCAAGGUACCCCGAUAUUGAGAAGGCACUUAUUCGUAUUGUGGAAGAAGGAGAAAAAAUGCUAGAUAAACAAAGCAAAAAACUGAAUAAACGCAUAGAAGGAUUUGUGAACAUAUAUGAUAUGGACGGUUUAACAUUCGGAAUGGCAACGUAUAAGAAAGGGAUCGAAACUGUGAUAAAAAUUCUUAAAUUGCAACAGGAUAACUAUCCAGAGCGUAUGAAAUCAUUUUAUAUCAUAAAUGCUUCUGCACUUUUUACGAUGCCAUUUAACAUAAUAAAAUCUUUUCUUAACCCCAGGAUGUUAAGCAAAUUCCAUGUCUAUGGAACAGACGGCUGGAAGGAAGCGCUCUUGGAGAUAAUUGAUGCUGAUCAAUUACCAGCAUUUUUAGGAGGAACCAGGACAGAUCCAGAUGGAAAUCCUCUAUGCAAGACUUUCCUGAACCAAGGAGGUAAAAUAAGUGAAAAAUAUUACCUGCACAAGAGCAUCAAUUCUUUAGAAAAGAGCCCUGGCGUAAAGAAAAUCACACUGCCCCGUGCAUCUUUCAAUGAAGUCAGCGUUGAAAUCGACGAAGCUGGCUCUAUUAUUGAAUGGGAAUUUGAGACCAAAACUCGAGACAUCGGGUUUGGCCUCUUUUACAAAGAUAUGGAUGGCGAAGAAGAAAAGAUGACUGAACUGGUUGAAUUACAAAGACUGGAAACAGAAGAUUUCUCUGAAGUAGGAAUGUACAAAUGUGACAAAAGUGGCGAAUAUAUCAUUCUAUUUGAUAACUCAUACAGUUGGAUUAGAUCGAAAGAAGUUUACUACCGGAUCAAUGUAGUGAAGCCUUCUGAUCAGGAAAAGAAUUUGAAGAACUGAUAAAGAUGACAGAAUCAUUUUUGAAAGGUUUUAGUGCUGCUGAUUUAAUUUCAAAAUAUCUGUGAUUUUUAAACAAAUUGAGUUUUUUCCUGUUCCUACCUUAGCAUUCAGAGGACAGAAUCUUUUUUUAUGACUACAAAAAGGAUAAGCAUCUUAUUUAAUUAUCUGAUUACAUGUCUGGUUAUUAUUUUAAAAACUAUUACGUUAAUUAUAGAUUUUAAUUUCGCGAAAAUCUACAAGCAGAUCUUUAUCAAGCUUCUUUUAAUUUCUGAGUAGCAAUAAUUGAGAAAUAUAAUGUAAAAUAUACUUUACCAUUAAAAGUACCUCUGUUAAUUUAAUUACAUUACCCAAAUGGAAAAGAUAAAGCUGCAUUUCUGAAAAUGUAUUAAGUCUAUUAAUGGAUUAACUCAUCAUUUUAACUAAAAUGUGAUCAGUCAUUUAUUCCAAUUAUUAAGCCCUUCAGUAUUCUGUUAAUUGUCGAAAUCGAAGAAGCGCGUUCAAAUGGAAAUGCAGUAUAUGAAUUUUAUAGUUUUCUUUGUACGAAGUUUUCUUGUUUUUUCCAUACAAAUUAUAUAUUUUAUAAUAUUAUACAAUGUUUAAAAUAAUAUAUAAUAUUUUAUUUUUAAUACAUUCUAUUCAUUGCUAAAAUAUGAAAUAAAUCUUUUUGCAAAUUA